AUGUCCCUUUUCUCUCUUUUUUUGAAUUCCACAGAACUCAAUGGCACGCCAGACAAAAAGCCUGAUCCAUCAGUUGUAGAAGAUAAACCGGCGUCGCCUCAAAGAAAUUCCACAAUCCACUGGUACCCAACAGCCGGAUUAGCCAUACAAAACGGGGCGAUCGCCAAGACUGAUUCGAAAGGACGUGAGAAGGAGAAUUUCAAUUUGCGAGUUGAACCCGGACACAGUCGGACAUCACGCAAACCUGAUAAAGAGAGCCCAAAAAUACCGGUAAAACAGCAACCGACAGACAGAAGUAUCGAGCCGUUGAAUCCUUUGGAAUUAAAGAUUCACGAGAAAAUACGCGCGCCGUUUGAACGACUCGAUCCUAUUCGUCAGACGGUGCACUGCACCAAUCGAUCUCGUCUGGAACAACAAAUCUACGAUAAAGAUGGAGUGCCCGGAAUAGGAGAGAAUAAGGAUACGGUAGUUGCAACUGCACGAUCAAAUCUGACCACACUGGAGCAAGAUGUACUGGAAAAAGAAGAAUAUCCUGCGAAAGAUUUGAAUAAAACCCGCGGAUUUUUCCGAAGUUUUACAUCACGAUUUUCGAAACGACCAAUACUGGACAAACCAGAUUCCACUUCUGAACGAGACCCCCUACCCUAUAUUCAAAUGCCCAGUGUGGAUCGGAACCCAAAACCGGAAUCCUCAAGCGUCCCACAGAGAGGAGCAUCAAUCAGACUGGGUGGAAAAUCGUCCUCAGCCAGUCGUCCGAAUUCCCAAAUUUCCGUUGGCAGCAAGAGGUUCAGUAGAGAGUUUGAUAUCACUCGAGCUUUCACACCACCCACCGUGAAUGAACCGCAAUCGGUUAGUGGUUCGAACGAUCAUGAAUCUCCGGAGAACUCCACGGUUGGAUUUUUUCGUUCUUUGGCACUGCGAUUCAGUAAAAGGAAACCGUUUGAUUUCGGUCACACUGCCGAAUCAGAGGACAAACAAACCACAGUCACACGACAGUCCAGUUUCUCCGUGAUACCACCUUCAAUAUUGGCCUCAGUUGGUGAACGGGCACGGGCACAUACGGAUGGCGGCACGCAGCUGGUGGUCACGGAUACACGUCACUCAAUUCGAACACCGCGAUCCGACAGAAGACCCAUGAGUUUUAUGAUAGGUACAACAGACAGCUCGGAAAGACCUCGUGUGGUACGAUUCAAAUGGAAUAUGAAAAUUACCAGCAAGCGAACACCGGAAGAAAUUUCCGCGGAGAUCACUCGAGUCCUCAAUCAGAACAAUUAUGCGUAUGAACAGCAGAAAAAGUUUCUGUUCGUCUGUGAAUCGAACAGUUCGAAUCCGCACGGCUAUGCAACCUGGGAAAUGGAAGUGUGCGAAUCACCUCGGAUGGGGUUAAAUGGGAUCCGAUUUCAUAAAAUUUCUGGAACCACUUCCGCGUUCAAGGUUAUCACGGAUAAUCUCACUCAUGAGAUGAAAUUGUGA